CCCCCCCCCCCCCGGGGACCCCCCCCUCCCCCACACCGGCACCAGCACCGCCCGCCCCGGGAGCGGCACCGGUACCGUCCGCCUCGGUACCGGCCCCGGGAUCGCCGGCCCCGCCCGCCCCGCCCGGUACCGCGCCGCCACCGGGCCCCACCAUGAUGAAGUUUCGGUUCCGGCGGCAAGGUGCCGACCCUCACCGCGACCGGCUCCGGCAUGAUCUGUUCGCCUUCAGCAAGACGGUGGAACACGGCUUCCCCAGUCAGCCCAGCGCCCUGGCCUACGACCCCACCCUGCGCGUGAUGGCCAUCGGCACCAAGGCGGGAGCCGUGAAGCUAUACGGCGCGCCGGGUGUGGAGCUGACGGGCUUGCACAAGGAGACGGCCACCGUCACCCAGCUGCACUUCCUCCCCGGCCAGGGCUGGCUCCUCUCCUUGCUGGAUGACAACACGCUGCACCUCUGGGAGAUCUGCCAGAAGGAGGGCUGCUCCCACCUGGAAGAGACCCGCAGCUUCGGCCUCCCGGGACGCCCAGGCUGCUCCCCUAGCAUCACACGGGUGACGGUGGUCCUGCCGACGUCCGCCAGCACGGUGGCAUGCCUGGGCACCGAGGGCGGCGCGGUGUACUUCCUCACCCUGCCCGCCCUGACGCUGCUGGAGGACAAAACCCUCUUCCCGGAUGAGAUCCUGCAGAGCGUCCCCGAUGAUUACCGCUGCGGGAAGGCGCUGGGACCGGUGGAAUCCAUCCAGGAGCACCCGCGCGAUGACAGCCGGCUCCUCAUCGGGUACAGCCGGGGGCUGGUGGUCCUCUGGGAGCAGAGCACACGCGCCGUCCAGCACCUUUUCCUGGGGAACCAGCAACUGGAGAGCCUGGCUUGGGAGCAGAGCGGGAAGAGCAUCGUCAGCUCCCACAGCGACGGCGGGUACAUGGUGUGGGCGGUGAGCGGCGCCGGCCAGAGGACCCAGCAGCCCGUCCUGUCCACCAUCCCCUACGGCCCGUUCCCCUGCAAAGCCAUCAGCAAAAUCCUCUGGCGGACCUGCGAGUCGGGGAACCCCUUCAUCAUCUUCAACGGGGGGAUGCCGCGGGCCAGCUACGGUGACCGGCACUGCGUCAGCGUGCUGCAGGGCCAGACCCUGGCCACCCUCGACUUCACCUCCCGCGUCAUCGACUUCUUCACCGUCCAAAGCACCGAGGCGACCGAAGGAGGCUUUGAGAACCCCCGUGCCCUCGUGGUGCUGGUGGAGGAAGAGCUGGUGGCCAUCGACCUCCAGACGCCGGGCUGGCCCACCAUCCCCGCCCCGUACCUGGCGCCGCUCCACUCCUCCGCCAUCACUUGCUCCUGCCACGUCUCCAACGUGCCCCUCAAGCUCUGGGAGAGAAUCAUCAGCGCCGGCGAGCAGCAGAGCCCCCGGCUCUCCUCUGCAGCUUGGCCCAUCGAUGGGGGGAAGAACCUGGCCCAGGAGCCCACGCAGAGGGGGCUUCUCCUCACCGGGCACGAGGAUGGCACGGUGCGGUUCUGGGACGCCUCGGGGGUCUCCCUGAAGCCCCUCUACAAGCUGGGCACCGCCAGCAUCUUCCAGAUGGACUGUGAGCACAACGACAGCCUCAACCAGGCGGGCGAGGAGGAGUGGCCGCCUUUCCGUAAGGUGGGCUGCUUUGAUCCCUAUAGCGAUGACCCACGCCUGGGCGUGCAGAAAAUUGCUCUCUGCAAGUACACAGCCAAGAUGGUGGUGGCCGGCACGGCGGGGCAGGUGCUGGUGAUGGAGCUGAGCGACGAGAAGUCGGAGCACGCGGUCAGCGUGGCCGCGGUGGACCUGCUGCAGGACCGCGAGGGCUUCACCUGGAAGGGCCACGACCGGCUGGCCCCCAGGAACGGGCCCCUGCCCUUCGCCCCCGGCUUCCAGCCCAGCGUGCUGGUGCAGUGCGUGCCCCCCGCCGCCGUCACCGCCGUCACCCUCCACUCCGAGUGGAACCUCGUGGCCUUCGGCACCAGCCACGGCUUCGGGCUCUUCGAUUAUUACCGGCGCAACCCCGUCCUCGCCAGGUGUACGCUGCACCCCAACGACUCGCUGGCCAUGGAGGGGCCCCUGUCCCGCGUCAAAUCCCUCAAGAAGUCCCUCCGGCAGUCCUUCCGCCGCAUCCGCAAGAGCCGGGUGUCGGGCAAGAAGAGGCUCAACGCCAGCAGCCCCUCCAGCAAGGUGCAAGAGGCCAACGCGCAGCUGGCCGAGCAGGUGGGACCCCCCGAAGUGGAGAUGACGCCCGUGCAGCGGCGGAUCGAGCCCCGCUCGGCUGACGACUCGCUCUCGGGGGUGGUGCGGUGCCUCUACUUCGCCGACACCUUCCUCCGAGACGCCGCCCACCACGGCCCCACGAUGUGGGCAGGGACCAAUUCUGGCUCGGUGUUCGCCUACGCGCUGGAGGUGCCGUCGCAGGAGAAGUUUUCGGAGCGGGCGGUGGAGGCCGUGCUGGGGAAGGAGAUCCAGCUGAUGCACCGGGCACCGGUGGUGGCCAUCGCGGUGCUGGACGGGCGGGGAAACCCCCUGCCCGAGCCCUACGAGGUCUCACGGGACCUGGCCAAGGCCCCUGACAUGCAGGGCAGCCACUCCAUGCUCAUCUCCUCCGAGGAGCAGUUCAAGGUCUUCACGCUGCCCAAAGUGAGCGCCAAGACCAAGUUCAAGCUGACGGCACACGAGGGUUGCCGAGUGCGGAAGGUGGCCCUGGUGAGCUUGGCCAGCGCCGGCUCCGAGGAGCGGCUGGAGAACUGCCUGGCCUGUCUCACCAACCUGGGGGACAUCCAUAUCUUCACCGUGCCCGGCCUGCGGCCCCAGGUCCACUACGGCUGCAUCCGCAAGGAAGACAUCAGCGGCAUCGCCUCCUGCAUCUUCACCAAGCACGGCCAGGGUUUCUACUUAAUUUCACCGUCCGAGUUCGAGCGCUUCUCGCUGAGCGCCAGGAACGUGACGGAACCCCUGUGCCGGCUGGAGGUCGCCCGGCUCCAGGACACCUCCUGCCUCAGCAACAGCUCGACGGCGACGCCGAAGCUGCCGCAGGCGAACGGCACCCACGUCCCGUGCAGCCCCGAGGGCCAACGCUCCCCCACCGACAGCGACCGGUCUCCCGAGGAGCACCCAGCCGCCUUCUCGCCCGGCCCCAUCGAUUCCCCCAACAGCAGCACGGAGAACCCGCUGGACACCACCGGGGACAUCACCGUGGAGGAAGUGAAGGAUUUCCUGGCGUCCUCGGAGGAAGUGGAGAGGAACCUGCGGAACGCCAGCGAGGACGAAGCCCGGCCCGCGGGGAUCCUCAUCAAGUGAGAGGGGCUGCAUCACCCGCAGGCAUCACCGGCCUCCCUGGCCCAUCUCAGUGCUCGGAUUCCCGGGACGCACGACUCGACUGGACCCCCCCUCUCCGCGCCCCCCCUCCCCGCAUAACGUAGACUCGCCUCUUCUCUAACAUCCGCGCCGGCGCGCCCCGGCUCUGGCACACUCCCCCCACACCUCCCUGUCCCCCAGCGCCCCCCCCCCCGCCCCCCACCAGCCCCGAGCUGGGGGGAACAUGGUGCACAAACUCUUCCCGGGGAAGAUAAUUUUCUUUUUUUUUUUUUUUUUUGUUUUUUAUACACGGUCGAGUGUCACUGUCCCCUGCUCCAGAACCCCCUUCCUUGGGGGGAUGCUGCUGCUUCCCCAGCCUCACGGGGAAGGCUGGGGCUGGUGGGAACCACCCCCCUCCCCACUUCAUUCCCUGGUUUUGGUCCUUUGGGGAGGUGGGGGGCCAGGAGCCCCCCGGCACAGCCCCCCUGUACCCCGGUCUGUGUUUACAUGCCCAGCUCCCUGCAGUUUACAGCCCCGUCCCGCCUGCCGGAGCCUCCCGGUUGCCGCACAGGGACUGGCCUUUCCCUGGGGAGGGGGGGGGGGGAGCGUGGACCCCCCCGGCUCCCACGUGGGCACCGGAGAGCUGGGUCGGGGCACGGGGAGGGUCACAGGUGGCCUUUUUCUCUUAGUGGCUUCUCCAAGGGCUAUUCUCCAGGUUGGGCUCCGUGCCUGCUGCUCCUUUUCUGACACUAAUUCCUGCCACGGGUGGGUUUGGGAUGGGAUCGCCGGCUCCUGGGACUGGUCCGUGCUGGGGUGGGGGGGGGGGGGGGUGUGUGUGUGCACAGAUUGGGCACAGGGCUGCCCCAGCCCCUUCCUGCCCCACCCCGGGGGGGUUCUCACUGUGCCAAAUCCUCCCACCCCUCACCGAGCUCCCCAGCCUGGCCUCGUCCUCGCAGGGGGGGCUGCGAUGACGCUGGCUCUGUCCCCUGGCUCAUGGUGGCUGUCCCUCCGUGGCUUCAGGGCUCAGCCUGGCACCUGCCCCCCCUCUCUUUUUGGGGAUCCGGGGCCGUUUUGGGCCCCCCCAGGGCUCUCUUGCGGUACGUGUGGGGCUGGGGGGGGGGGGCUGGGUGAGGCAGCAUUGCCCUGGGCUCCGUUGCUGCCUGCCGAGGCCGGGGCUGUAGUGUCCCUGGUAGAACCCCCCCCUCCCCACCUCAUCCAUUUUUUUGGUAAGAUGAAUUUAGCAUUGUUUAGUUAUUAAAAAUACUGGUUUUUAAUAUUGAAAAAUAAAGCAUUUAAUAUCAA